ACGGGGGUGUGGCUAGCUCUCGCCCCUAUUUCCAAGCUCUGUGCAGCGUCGCGAGACCUACUCUGUCCGGAACUUCCGGUUCUGAUGGGCCUAGCUCUUUGGGCCGGCCAUGCGGGGCGGGCUUCUGUGGGGUGCUGCCCGUGUUCUGUGGGCUGGCCGAGCUGUUGGCGCAGCCCGCCGGCCCCUAAGCUGCAGUAGCCCGCCGCUGGAGGAGCUGUUCGCCCGCGGCGGGCCUUUACGGACCUUCCUCGAGCGCCAGGCAGGGUCAGAAGCCCAGUUACGAGUCAAGGGGCCAGAGUUGGUAGCGGUCACCAAACUCCUGAGCGAGAAGGAGCGGGAGCUGCGGGAGACGGAGCACUUGCUGCACGAUGAGAACGAAGAUUUAAGGAAACUUGCAGAGAAUGAAAUAAUUUUGUGUCAAAAAGAAAUAACUCAGUUGAAACAUCAGAUUAUCUGUCUUUUGGUUCCCUCAGAAGAAACUGAUGAAAGUGAUUUGAUCCUGGAGGUAACUGCAGGAGUUGGGGGUCAGGAGGCCAUGUUGUUUACUUCUGAGAUGUUUGAUAUGUAUCAGCAAUACGCUGCAUUUAAAAGAUGGCAUUUUGAAACCCUGGAAUACUUUCCAAGUGAAAUAGGUGGCCUUAGACAUGCAUCUGCCAGCAUUGGCGGUUCAGAAGCCUAUAAACACAUGAAAUUUGAAGGGGGAGUGCAUAGGGUACAGCGAGUACCAAAGACAGAGAAGCAAGGCCGCAUCCAUACUAGCACCAUGACAGUGGCAAUAUUACCCCAGCCCACUGAGAUUAAUCUGGUGAUUAAUCCUAAAGAUUUGAGAAUCGAUACUAAGCGAGCUAGUGGAGCUGGGGGUCAGCAUGUAAAUACCACGGACAGUGCUGUCAGGAUUGUUCAUCUUCCAACAGGUGUUGUUUCUGAAUGCCAACAAGAGAGGUCUCAACUGAAAAAUAGAGAGAUGGCUAUGAAAAAGUUGCGUGCAAAGCUGUACAAUAUGCAUCUCGAGGAAGAAACAAGUAAAAGAUACAGUGCUAGGAAGAUCCAGGUUGGAACUAAAGGAAGAUCAGAGAAAAUAAGAACAUACAAUUUUCCACAGAACCGGGUCACAGAUCACAGAAUAAACAAAUCACUGCAUGGUCUUGAGACUUUUAUGCAAGGAGAUUAUCUACUGGAUGAACUUAUACAGUCACUGAAGGACUAUGCUGAUUAUGAAUAUUUACUAGAAAUUAUUUCCAAAAAAGCUUAGGUUGGUUUGUUAUUAAAGUAUUUCAUGCGCUCAGGAAAAUACUAUGGCACAUCAAUUGUGCAUACUCAUGAGUAUUCUCUUAAAAAAAAGUUUUUACAAUGGUAAGCAAUAUACAUAUUCGUAAUGCAUAAUUAAUGUAGAUCUCAGUGCAUUAGUAAAACAUAAUGAUUGCUGUAAAUCUUGCGCUCUUCUGUACAAGAAACAGAUAAACUCAUUUGUUUCUGUAAGAUCCUUAAAAUUAAAUAUUUUAAUAUUUAAUCGAAAAAUUUCUUUAACUCUAUUUUGAAAAAAACUUAAAAUAUGACAGUAGAUACCAUAUUAGUCAGGAGACGGAAGCCCUGUCAUUAAUUGAAUUGGUAAUGGAAUUAACAAGUGAGAAUAAAAGAACACUUAGUACACUGAAAGAGAGUACCCUAAGACCAAGAGUACACAAUGUAAGACCACCCUUGCAAGGGUCUUUACUUCCCCAUGAUGUAGUGGGGCCUAUUAGAAGGUGUGGGUAUAUCCCAGUCAAUGAUGGAAAGGUUCCUGGUUUGCCGAGGGCCAGAGCUGAUAUGUAGCUGGUGCAUUAGCCCUUGGCAUUGCACCUCAAACUCUGAAGGACUGGUAAGCAAGGAGGUUUCUGCCAAAGUAUGAACAAAACUGAUGGUAAGCCUUAGUGCAUUUCCAUAUCUAGGGUCUUCCAGAGAGGCAGAACCCUAGGAUAUGUAUAUAUAGAAAGAUAAGAUUGACACACGAUUAUUAAGGUUGAAAAGUCCAAAAUGUGCAGCACGAGGGAGCCAGCUGGAGACCUAGGAGAGCUAGUGGCGCAGUUCCAUUCCUAGGUAGUCGACUAGAAAACUCUCGCUUAGGGGAGGCUGGUCUUUUUAUUCUGUUCAGACUUUCAAUUGAUGGGAUGAAACCCAUUGACAUGGAAGGAAUCUGCUUUGUUCAAAAUUCUCUGAUCGAAAUGUCAGUUUUAAAAACUGUCUUUUAACACAUUUGGGAUUUUAACAAUAAAUAUUUAAAAUUAG